AUGACUCGACCUCCGGCAGCACCAUCGGAUGCAGUCGCAUCCGUCUCGGAAUCGCAAAUCGAGCUCGUUCACCUCGGUUUCGCUGAUGCCCCGAGUCCAGCGGCCGAUAAAUCAUCCUCGUCGAUUAUCGCAGAGUGCAAGAAGCCAGACGACGAGGUCGAAAUCGCUGAUAAGACGGGACCCGGCGUCGAGAACGCAGACUACGCCGACGAGCUCGCCAAGCGCUCAACCCCUGCUACCGAGACAGCGCCUCCGACCCCGGCGGAUGAGAAGGGCAACAUCUGCGGCUCGACCGACACCCUGCGCGACGAGGAGCUCCUCGAAAAGUCGGACGACGAACGAGUGAUCCGCAACGGCCGCGACGUUUCCGACUACCUCGUCAGCGAUCGCGAUGAUGGCGACGCCUGUUUUACCCUGCGUUCCAUCACCUUGGCCCUUGUCGGCUCCGCUUUCCAAGCUGUGCUGACCCAGAUCUACCGCUUCAAGCCCACCGAGAUCGACAUCAAUGGCACCUUUCUCGCCAUCAUCAUCUAUGUAUUGGGAACAGCUUGGGCGCGACUACUACCGACGCGCGAGAGCCUGACUGCGAGGUACGGCCAGGAUCGCCUGCCAAGGUGGCUGUUGGCGACAGCGCACACGGUCAACCCAGGCAAGUUUGGGCUGAAGGAGCAUGCGAUUGCCUCCAUCACCGCCUCCUCCGAUUCGUACGGUGCCCACUCGAGUGACGUCUUUGGCACGCAGAAGCUCUUCUAUCCAGAGAUCAAGGUCAGCAACACCACCGCCGUCCUGUCAGUGCUCUCGAUCGGGCUGAUGGGGUACGGCUUGGCGGGUCUCUGCCGGCCGAUCCUCGUCUACCCGUCCGAGAUGGUCUACUGGACCACCCUACCGCUCGUUGACCUCUUCCAGGCGUUCCACUGGGAGGAGAAAGGUCGGCGCACCUCGAAACGCAUUCGAGUGUUUUGGUACAGCUUUGCGGGUAUGGGUCUGUACGAGAUUCUACCCGCGUACAUGUUCCCCAUGCUCAACUCGAUCAGCAUCCCGUGUCUCGCCAGUAUGCACGCUCGGAAACCACUCGCUACGACGCUGACCAAUAUCUUCGGCGGCGCUCAGAGCAACGAGGGCAUGGGACUGCUCAGCCUCAGCUUGGAUUGGCAGUACAUCACCUCGAAGCAUCUCGCGCUGCCGCUGCUGCAGCAGGGCAACAUGUUUAUUGGCCUCGCCGUGUGCUACGUCGCCAUGGUCGUUGUGUAUUAUACGAAUACGUGGAACGCCAAGUCGUUCCCGUUCAUGUCGACGGGGCUGUUCGCAGACGACGGGAGGGCGUACAACCAAACGGCGGUGUUUGUGGAUGGUAUCCUUGACAAGCAAAGGUUGGAGGCGGUUGGGUAUCCUCGAGUCGCAGGAACGUAUGCAUGGGGGAUGACGAUGCGCACUGCAGCGAUCGGCGCGCUGGUGAUGCACGUGGCGCUGUUCUGGGGCAAGUACGUGCGGACCAGCCUGAAGCAGUCCCGCGACAAGACGCAACCCGAUCGACACUGGCGGGGGAUGCAGAAGUAUCCCGAGGCGCCGCACUGGUGGUACCUCAUCCUGCUCGUCAUCUCCUUCGUCUUUGGGCUGAUCGUCGUGCUGACCCGAGAGACAACAAUGACUUGGUACGCAUACCUCGUCUCUCUGCUCGUCGGCGCGGUGGUCGCACCCAUCUCCGGAGUGCUCUACGCCCUGCUCGGCGACGCGGUGAGCACGACCAACAUCACCAAGAUGAUCGGUGGCGUCGUGGCCCCCGGGCGCCCGCUCGCCAAUUUGUACUUCUACGGCUGGUCGCACAGCACCAUCACGCAGGUGAUCCACAUGUGCAACGACCUCAAGAUGGGCCAGUACCUCAAGAUCCCGCCGCGGACGCUCUUUCUGACCCAGGUGAUGGGCGCCGUCUACGGUGCUUUCAUCAACUACGCCGUCAUGUCGACCAUUGUGGCGUCCAAGUUUGCGCUGCUGCACACCAACACGGGGAGCAACGUGUGGUCCGGCGCGUACUAUCAGUCGCUCAACAUCAGCGCGGUGAGCUGGAGCAUGGCCAAGUAUGUGUAUCGUCCGGGUACGGCGUACUUUGUCAUCCCGAUGGCGACCGUGUAUGGUAUGCUGGCGGUGGUGGUGCAAUGGCUGUUUUGCCGCUACGUGCCCAAGGUGGGUCGGUUCAAAACGACGGAUCUGAUCCUACCUCUCGUAUUCUACUCGGCGAGCCUGUUGGUGUCGGGUCAGAAUUGUGUGGUGCUGUCCAUCCUUCUGGUUGCCAUCACCUCGCAGGUGUGGGUGCGAACCAGAUAUCCGAGGUACUUCAAGCAGUUCAACUACGUUGUAGGGGCUGGAUGGGAUGGAGGGUCGUUGCUCGUCAUCUUUGUGCUGAGCUUCGCCGUGUUUGGCGCGGCUGGUAAGGAGAGGAAGUUCCCGACGUGGUUCGGCAACCCGAAAGGCUUCCCUGAUCACUGUCCCAGCCCUACCCAAUGA